UCGUACUACACUUUACAUAAUCCAAAUAAACGGCUCUGAGCUGUCUAUUGAGCUGUCAAAAAAAAUACAUACAUACAUAACUACCAACACACCCAAAUCAACUUUAAUCAAAAAUGGCUACCGACGCUGAUGAAGCGCAGCGCCGACGUGAAGAAUGCGAACGCAAGGCUCGUCGUGGGGAGAUGGAUCCCCGCCUGGAGUUUACAUUCCAACUGUUAAUCGACGCAACACAACUGCCGCGGCAUCAACUAAUGGAUUACAUUUUCGAAGGUGAUAUGUUGGACGAAAUUAAUCAACUCUUUCUGCCCAAUAUGAAAAAUAAGCUUUUAUGGUUUUAUCAAGAGGUGGAUGAGCCGGAGCCGCAACCAGUACCAGAUCCCAACAAACCAGGACCUUCGCGUAGUGGCAUUGCAUCAAGUAGUUCAAAAACACCGCAGGGUUCAUCAUCCAGCGGAUCUGCGCCGCCGAAGCCAAAAAAACUUUUUCUGACUGAUGGCUGGACAUGCGGUUUCACCGGGAUUUGUAUUUAUAUCUUUCGCGUAAACACUUCAAAACAAUUACCUGAAGAAGGCUUUCAAAAGGACUUGUACUGUGGAGUUAUCGACGCCAAAAACAUCGGUUUGGUUACCUCUAUUGAACGCAUUGUUGAGUAUGUUUUCAUGCAGGCCCUGGCAUUUCCCAGCUUGGAGGGUGAUGAGGAGGAUGUGAGUUGCGGUCUGAUAAAAGGACAAUUGCUGCCGGGUUUACGAUCAUUUUGCAGUGCUUUGCGUGUUUGCGAGCAAGUUUGUGAUCAUGUCAAUAUUUUCGACGAUAAGUGUGAUAUGUUCGAGAAGAUUGAGCAUAUUGACGAAGUUAAGGAUAUGGCCAAGAACCAAGAGUUUUGUGCUCAGCUGGAGGAGCGUGUAAGUAAUUGGAUAAAAGGUAUUAUGAAAAUACUUGGGGAGAGCGAACAGCUACGGAAGGAGAAUGACUCAAGUGGUCCGCAAGAUGAAUUGGAGUACUGGAAGAAGCGUGGGGCACAAUUUUCCCAAUUGCUUGCUCAUUUGCAAGAUCGUGAGGUGCAGUAUACAUUGCAUUGCCUAUUUUUGGCCGGUUCUCGUGUGAUGCGCAUGUGGAGGGAAACCGAUCGAAAAAUAACAUUUUGUUACAAUGAAGCGCGUGAUAACUCGAAAUUCAUUCAGGCAAUGGAAACCUGCUGUCAUUCUUUGUAUUUGGACGAUCCGGUAUGCAUGAAACAAUCCAUACUAAGUCUGUUGCAAACGGUGCGUCUUAUUUACAGUGUUUCACAAUUUUACAACACGUCCGAGAGAACUUCCUCACUUAUGGUUAAGAUCACUAACCAAAUGAUAGAGACCUGCAAAUCUUACAUCACAUGUCGUAGCAAAGAGACCAUUUGGUCACAAGAUCGCAAUAUAAUACGCACUAAAUUAGGCAAUUGUAUUAAGCUUAAUCAUAUAUAUCACGAAACUUAUUACACCGUUAGAGAGCAACCAUUCUUACCUAACCAAACACCGUUCGGUUUCUCGGAGAAUUUUGUUUUUGGAAAGUUCGACACUUUUUGCGAUCGGUUAUCGAAAAUUAUUUCAAUGUUCAAUUUAAUUGAUGAUUAUAAUCAUCUCUUUGAACGUCGAUUGGAGGGCCUAUUAUUGGGUGAAACUCUACAAGAGGCCAGCAAUCAUUUCGAGGAAGCAAAGAAAGAGAUUCUAUCGAAGAAAUAUGAUUAUCUGGAUCAUAGAAAUGGCGAGUUUAAUGAAGACUUUGAUCGCUUCAUGAGCAAAACCGAUACACUGAAAGAUACUAUAGCCACACUUAUAGAGACCAAUUUUGAUACCGUAUGGGAGACGCCGCAGUGCAUUCGGUUUCUUACACGAUUUGAAAAGGUUAGCGAGAAGAUACCACUAAGUAGAAUGGAUGAGAAGUAUGUACGCAUUAUAAAGUACGUUGAUAAGGAAGUGGAUCGGGUAAAUAAAAUGUUUAAGAAACAGCGCGAUGACCCACCUGUCUGUAGGAAUUUCCCUCCCAUCGCUGGCCGCAUUCGUUGGAGUCGCGCUUUGGAUGCACAUAUGAGAGAAUUGAUGGAAGCUGUGCUCGAGCAUCAGGUGUUGAGCGGUCUGCCCUUGACGAAGGAUUUAGAGAAUCGAUACAACAAUGUCAUUGGCUUACUUAAGGAGUACGAAGCUGAGAUUAUAUCUAUUUGGUUGGAUCAGGAUGUGAGCGUGGCCGAUGCUUGUCUAUUACAGCCUCUGCUUGCUCUGCAAGGUGAUCGCCUAUUCGUUAAUUUGCAUCCCACGAUACCGUUGUUGAUACGCGAGGCAAAGAUGUUGGCCAAAAUGGACAUUGAAUUGCCAAUUGUAGCCGCUACGCUGAUGAGUCGUCAGAAGUAUUUCACUACCAUACAAGACUCUUUGAAUUGCUUAAUCAAAAUGUUUUUGACAACUGUGCGCGCCGUCAAAUUGGAAGUGCGUCCGUUGUUCCUGCCACAAUUGGUGCGGCUCACAGCAAUGCUCAAACCCGGCCUUCACACUAUAAAUUGGACUCAUCAAAAUUGGACGGAGUUCUACGAACGCUGCAAACGCGCUAUCGAGACGUUUAAUGUCCUAGUUGCACGUGUCCACGACAUCUACUCCAAUCGCAUUUUAAAUGUGCUCAUGUGGAUGCAGGAUGUGUCGUUACAAGUCCUGCCUGGAGAGGAUGAAAUCUGGACAGUGGACGAGUUUCUAGAGAAAAGUGAAGAUGCUUGUAGACACGCCGCUAUUGAUUUGAAUCGCAAAAGUCAAAUGGUGUCAGAGGCCGUGGAGGAAGUUCUGAAUUUGGUUGACAAGGCCACGGAGACAUUUAAACAAAUCGCCGGUGAUGAUGUUGUAACGCUAUUUGAUGCGACAUCACGAAAUCAGACACAACCAUCAUCAGCACGAAAGGGGGACGAAGAAGGUGGGCAAAAUGCGGCUGGAACCGCCGGAAAUAGUGGCGGAGGCGGAGGCGGUGGUAAUGCUGGUGCACAACAACAAGACUGGAGCAUUUUAUGGUCUUGUUUUGAGAACCCGCUAACCCUGCUUUCGACCACGGAGAGUCUACCCAAAGGAAUGCAGGAUAUGGUCUGCAAUGCUGUCGUAGAGAUGCGUCGUUACUAUAGUCGUAAGGUAAUUGAUGUCCUCAUUAAAGUAAUACGUGGCACAUUGGACACCAUCAGACGUCGUUUCAUUGCCGACGAAAAUGAUACGCUUUCGAAAAAGCCGAUAUUUGCCUUACAUGCACAGUUGCAGAUUCCACAUGUUGUGAUUAAACCAAAUCUGGAUGAGCUACAAGAGAUACUAAUUACAGCUGGUAAAAAUAUUACCGGCAUUGCAAAGGGUGUGGCACAGUGGACCAGCGGCAAAGAGCCGCAAGUGUCAACAACACCACAACCACGAGUUGGUCGAAAUCACAAUACCGGAAAUCGUACACGUCGCCGCAAGCUCUACACUUUGACCUCCGAGGAACGACCACAAAUGCCGCAUAUGUUGAAAUCAUUUUACGCCGCAAUUAUGGAUAACAAAGAGGUGGCUAAGGCAUUGAAUUUGUUAUCGAACUGCACAAAGAACAUCAAACCGGAGAUACAAACCUACAUAAAACGUUGGAAACCCUACCACUUUCUCUGGAAGAACGACCGUACAACGCGUCAACUAAUGGAGUUCGGCUUGCAAGAGUUCGAGACAACUUUGCGCUGCUUAGCUGAGCUAGAUGCCAAUCUAUUGGUGGAGCCCGAAAUGGAGGUGUUCGGCCAGUGCGUAGCCGUCUACAAUGAGCGCCUUAAAUAUGGCUUGGCCAUUGAGAUCAAAACUUGCAAUCACAAGAUUGGACAGGCCAUGAAGAAGAAAUACAAGAAAGAAAUGGACUAUGUGUACGCAGUGAUUAAUGAAAUGGAUCGCAAGUUGGAUCGACCAAUACGGGAUCUGGAUGAUGUACGUAUGAUAAUGGAAACAUUAAGUAAAAUAAGAGAACAAGAAGUUGACAUGGAGUUGCGUAUUGACCCCAUAGAAGAGGCAUUCAAUGUCCUUACGCGCUACGAAGUGCAAGUGGAACGUGAACAAUUCGAUUUGGUUGAUAACCUGCGUAGUACAUUUCAAAAUUUAUUGGCCUGUGCACUCCAAGCUCAGGUCAAGCUACUCGAUAUGCAACCGUCCUUUCAGGAUGAUCUUAAAAAUAAUUUGGAUAAAUUUAAGCAAGAUAAAAUUCAAUAUGUCAAUGAAUAUCGCACAGCUGGUCCAAUGCAGGCUGGUCUCACACCGCGCGAAGCUUCCGAUCGCUUGAUACUAUUCCAGAAUCGUUUCGAAGGUAUGUGGCGCCGUUUGCAGACCUACCAAAGUGGCGAAGAAUUAUUUGGUUUACCACAAACUGACUACCCGGAAUUGGGACAGAUACGUAAAGAGUUAAAUCUCCUGCAGAAACUCUAUAAACUAUAUAAUGAUGUGAUCGAUCGUGUGAGUAGUUAUUACGAUAUACCAUGGAAUGAAGUGGACAUUGAAGAGAUCAACAAUGAAUUGAUGGAGUUCCAGAACCGUUGUCGUAAGCUACCGAAGGGCUUGAAAGAGUGGCCUGCUUUCCAUGCACUCAAGAAAACGAUUGAUGAUUUCAACGAUAUGUGCCCGUUAUUGGAAUUGAUGGCCAACAAGGCAAUGAAGCCCCGCCAUUGGCAGCGUAUCAUGGAUGUCACAAAAUAUAUUUUUGAGUUUGAUUCGGAAGGUUUCUCAUUGAAGAACAUACUGGAGGCGCCAUUGCUGAAGCAUAAGGAAGAUAUUGAAGACAUUUGCAUUAGCGCUAUGAAGGAAAAAGAUAUUGAAGCAAAGCUGAAGCAAGUCACCAACGAAUGGUCCAUACACGAAUUACAAUUCAUGAGCUUUAACAACCGCGGUGAACUGUUGCUUCGUGGUGACACAACUGCCGAAACAAUAGGUCAACUGGAGGACAGCUUAAUGGUGUUGGGUUCAUUACUUUCUAAUCGUUAUAAUGCACCAUUCCGUAAGCAAAUACAGCAAUGGGUCUACGAUCUCUCCAACUCGAAUGAGAUUUUGGAACGUUGGCUACUGGUGCAGAAUAUGUGGGUGUAUUUAGAGGCCGUCUUUGUUGGAGGUGACAUUGCCAAACAGUUGCCAAAAGAGGCAAAACGUUUCUCCAAAAUUGAUAAAUCUUGGCAGAAAAUAAUGCAACGGGCUCACGAAACGCCGGGUGUGGUUGCGUGUUGCGUUGGCGACGAUCUGCUGAAGCAACUCUUACCCCAUUUGCAGGAACAGCUUGAAAUAUGUCAAAAAUCCUUGAGUGGCUAUUUGGAGCGCAAGCGCAUGAUGUUUCCACGUUUCUUUUUCGUUUCGGAUCCGGCACUCCUGGAGAUACUUGGUCAGGCCUCCGAUUCGCAUACCAUACAAAAUCAUUUACUGUCAAUUUUCGAUAACACUCGCAAAGUGAAAUUCCAUGAUAUUGAAUAUAAUAAAAUGAUGGCGAUUAUAUCCAGUGAGGGUGAAAUGAUACAAUUGGAUCGCGCUAUACGCGCCGAGGGCUCCGUCGAGACAUGGCUAACUCAGUUGCUGGUCACAGCACAGCAGUCAUUGCAUUCGAUUAUCCGCACCGCUUAUGCAACAAUAAAUGAUCCAAAUUUUACAUUGUUGGGAUUUUUAGAAAAAGUCCCAGCGCAAAUUGGCCUUUUAGGUAUACAAAUGAUUUGGACACGCGACGCGGAAAUGGCGCUGAUGCAGGCCAGGCAUGAGAGGAAAGUCAUGUCGGAGACGAAUAAUAAGUUUCUCGAAAUCCUUAACACCCUGAUUGAUCAGACUACAAGAAAUUUGACGAAAAUGGAGCGCACCAACUUCGAAACUCUUAUUACCAUACACGUGCAUCAACGGGACAUAUUCGACAUACUGUGUCGCAUGAAUAUAAAAUCAGCUAACGAUUUCGAGUGGUUGAAACAGUGUCGAUUCUAUUUCAAAGAAGACUUAGAUAAAACUUGGAUUUCAGUGACCGAUGUGACCUUCACCUAUCAAAAUGAGUACCUGGGUUGUACAGAUCGCUUGGUGAUCACGCCGCUCACAGAUCGCUGUUACAUUACCCUGGCCCAAGCAUUAACAUUGAGCAUGGGUGGUGCGCCAUGUGGCCCAGCGGGCACCGGAAAAACAGAGACGGUUAAGGACAUGGGCAAGACGCUGGCUAAGUACGUGGUUGUAUUUAAUUGCUCCGAUCAAAUGGAUUACAGAGGUCUAGGCCGUAUUUACAAGGGCUUGGCUCAAUCGGGCACGUGGGGCUGUUUUGAUGAAUUCAAUCGCAUCGAACUUCCCGUUUUGUCGGUAGCCGCGCAACAAGUUGCCGUUGUAUUGACAGCCAAAAAGGAGAAAAAGAAAACAUUUAUCUUCACAGAUGGCGAUACAAUCGAGAUGAAUCCUGAAUUUGGCAUUUUUAUAACAAUGAAUCCUGGUUAUGCUGGCCGGAAGGAACUACCUGAAAAUUUAAAGAUACAAUUUCGCACUGUCGCCAUGAUGGUGCCAGACAGACAAAUAAUUAUACGCGUCAAGUUGGCGUCCUGCGGCUUUUUAGAAAAUAUUACAUUGGCCCGCAAGUUUUAUACGCUUUAUAAGUUAUGCGAGGAGCAAUUGACAAAGCAGGUGCAUUACGAUUUUGGCUUGCGAAAUAUUUUAUCGGUACUGCGUACGUUAGGCGCGGCCAAACGGAGGAACUCAAAGGAUGGCGAGAGUACGAUUGUGAUGCGGGUCCUGCGCGAUAUGAAUUUAUCUAAGCUGAUCGACGAGGAUGAACCGUUAUUCAUGUCGCUUGUGUCGGAUUUGUUUCCCAAUCAGACACUCGAAAAGACCAAUUAUCCAGAGCUGGAAGCAGCAAUUGCACAGCAGACUGAAGAAGAAAGUUUGGUCUACCAUCCUCCAUGGGUUCUUAAGCUCAUUCAGCUAUAUGAGACCCAGACUGUACGACAUGGCAUCAUGACAUUGGGUCCCAGUGGCGCGGGCAAGACGACAUGCAUCCAUACCCUUAUGAAGGCACUCACGCAAAUGGGUGAUAAUCAUCGUGAGAUGCGCAUGAAUCCAAAGGCUAUAACGGCAGCUCAAAUGUUUGGACGUUUGGAUGUAGCUACCAACGAUUGGACCGACGGUAUAUUUUCGGCAUUGUGGCGGAAAACACUGAAACUGAAAAGUGGAGAGCAUGUAUGGCUCGUACUCGACGGUCCGGUCGAUAGUAUUUGGAUUGAGAAUUUGAAUUCGGUAUUGGAUGAUAAUAAAACAUUGACCUUGGCAAAUGGUGACCGUCUUACGAUGGCGCCAACAGUAAAAAUUAUUUUCGAGCCACAUAACAUAGAUAACGCCUCACCUGCAACGGUGUCACGUAAUGGCAUGGUUUAUAUGAGUUCCUCAGGAUUGGAUUCCAGACCGAUUGUGCAAGCUUGGCUCAAGAACAGAGCACCUGGCGAAAAGUCGGUAUUUUGGAAUCUCUUCGAGCAGACUUUCGUACAAGUUUACAAUUGGGGCACGCAAAAUCUGAAGUUGUUGAUGUCGGUGCUGCAAUGCAAUAUAGUCGGUCAGAUGCUGUCGAUUCUGGAGGGCUUAGUGCCGGUUAAAAAGGAGGAAGAGCAGGCAGUGAGUCUGUCAAGUAAAGAAACGAACGACGACGAGCUUCCGGAGGAACCGGCGGUGGAAGAAAAAGAAGACACUUGCACACCUGAACAUUUGCAUCGACUGUACAUCUUCGCGUUGGCUUGGGGUCUCGGAGGAUAUCUUAGCGCUGUUGAUCGGAAACGUUUGGACCUGUACGUUAAAGAAGCUUUCCCGCAGCUAGACUACGCCCCGUCUACAGCUAGUGAAAAUAGCAUAUUCGAUUUCUUCGUAUCUGAAACAGGCCAAUGGCAGGCAUGGAAGACACUGGUUACACCGUAUAUGUACCCUGAGAUAUCUACACCAGAUUACCUGAACAUUCUAGUGCCGAUCGUCGACAAUGUACGCAUGGAUUACCUAAUUGCUACCAUAGCGAAUCAGGAACGUGCCGUAAUGUUGAUCGCCGAACAGGGCACGGGCAAAACGGUUAUUAUGAAGAAUUUUAUGAGAAAAAUGAAUCCUGAGUCUUAUAUGGGACGAUCCUUUAAUUUUUCAUCUGCGACCAGUCCAUAUCAGUUUCAGCGCACAAUCGAAAGUUACGUUGAGAAGCGUGUGGGCGUCACAUUUGGUCCACCUGGCGGACGUAAGUUGAUUGUAUUUAUUGAUGAUGUAAAUUUACCGGAAAUCAAUGAGUGGGGCGACCAAGUGACGAACGAGAUCGUGCGUCAGAGCAUGGAUAUGAAAGGCUUCUACAGUUUGGAAAAGCCUGGUGACUUCACAACAGUUGUGGAUGUGCAGUAUGUCGCUGCAAUGGGUUUGCCGGGAGGUGGUCGCAAUGACAUACCCUCGCGUUUGAAGAGACAGUUUUGUGUAUUCAAUUGUAAUAUUCCGGACGACGAUUCGAUUGAUAAAAUAUUUCGUGUCAUUGGUGAGGGGCACUACAACGCGAAGCGUGGCUUUGCACCGGAAGUGCGCAGUCUGGUGAAAAAAUUGAUUGUGAUAACUCGUCAUUUGUGGCAAAAAACGCGUGAGAAACUUUUGCCCACGCCAGCGAAAUUUCAUUAUGUUUUCAGCUUGCGCGAUCUGUCCAGAAUUUGGCAAGGCAUGGUGGGUACCUUGUCCACUGUAAUUACGGCAGACAGUGUGCUGAUGUCACUGUGGAAACACGAAUGUUCACGAGUGUUUGCGGAUCGUUUCACUACAUUCCAGGAUAAGGAGUGGUUCAGUUCGGAGUUAGCUUGUUUGGUGCGCGAAGAGCUUGGUGAGGCUUAUUCGCUGAUGAUUAUUCCAAACCCGGUGUUUGUCGACUUUAUGCGCGAUGCACCUGAGCCAACGGGUGAGGAGGGAGAGGAUGCUGAUAUGGAGUUGCCGAAGGUCUACGAACCGGUGAAUUCUCAUGAAGUACUCCGGGAGCGUCUCGUUAUGUUCCUCGCACAGUUCAAUGAAAUGGUACGAGGCUCUGGGAUGGAUCUGGUCUUCUUCCCAGAUGCUAUGCUGCAUUUGGUGAAGAUUUCUCGAAUCAUUCGGCAUCCGAGGGGGAACGUCAUGCUUGUCGGGGUCGGUGGAUCGGGUAAACAAUCGUUAACGAAAUUGGCAUCAUUUAUAGCUGGCUACAAAACAUUCCAAAUUGCUUUGACACGUUCCUACAAUGUGGCCAAUUUUUUGGAGGACUUAAAAUUAUUAUAUCGCACCUGUGGUGUCCAAGGCAAGGGUACAACAUUUCUAUUUACCGAUAUGGACAUCAAAGAAGAGGGAUUCCUUGAAUACCUCAAUAAUAUAUUAUCGUCGGGUGUGAUAUCAAAUCUUUUCUCACGAGACGAACAAGCUGAAAUCGUACAAGAAUUGACUCCGGUUAUGAAACGAGAAAAUCAACGCAAAACAGCGACCCCGGAAAGUGUGAUGGAGUUUUUCUUGGCCCGCACUUGCGCCAAUCUUCAUGUGGCCUUUUGUUUCUCGCCGGUCGGUGAGACCUUCCGAUCGAGGGUGCAACGUUUUCCGGCACUGGUGUCCGGCUGCACCAUCGAUUGGUUUCAGCCGUGGCCAAAGGAUGCACUCGUCUCGGUGGCAAGACACUUUCUGAGUGACUUUGAAAUUGAGUGUACACCGGCCGUGAAAGAAGAGUUGGUCAACGCACUUGGCUCUAUACAAGACAUCGUGGCCGAAACCUCGUUGGAAUACUUUCAGCGUUUCAGACGAGCGACGCAUGUAACACCAAAAUCAUAUUUAAACUUUAUUGCUGGUUAUAAAAACAUUUAUCAGCAAACACAGAAAGAGUUACGUGACGGCGCAGAAAAGAUGGACACUGGGUUGGAGAAAUUGAAAGAAGCAUCCGCCUCUGUUGAGAUACUAAAAAAAGAUCUGGUGGUAAUGGAGGAAGAGCUAGUGGAGGCCUCCAAAAAUGCCGAAUCUGUACUGGUGGAAGUGACAGAGAGAGCAAUGCAGGCAGAAAUCGUAAAGAAUCAAGUGCUAAUUGUUAAGGAUAAAGCCGAAGCGCUAGUAGCUUGCAUAGCACACGAGAAAGCGCUUGCAGAGGAGAAGUUGGAGGCAGCCAAGCCCGCGCUGGAAGAGGCCGAAAUGGCAUUGAAUACUAUUAAGCCGGCGCAUAUUGCGACGGUGCGCAAGUUGGGUCGACCGCCACACCUGAUUAUGAGAAUAAUGGAUUGCGUGUUAAUCUUGUUCAAGAGAAAACUGCAUCCCUGUAUACCAGACUCCGGUACACCGUGUCCGAAGCCGUCUUGGCAAGAAUCUCUGAAGAUGAUGGCAAGCACCACAUUUUUGCUACAGCUACAGAACUAUCCAAAGGACACAAUAAAUGACGAAAUGAUUGAUUUGCUUCAGCCGUACUUUCGCAUGGAGGACUACAACAUGGACAUGGCGAGGCGGGUUUGUGGAGACGUGGCCGGUUUGUUGUCAUGGACAAAGGCUAUGUCGUUCUUUCAUAGUGUAAAUAAGGAAGUGCUGCCCCUAAAGGCCAAUUUGACUAUGCAAGAGGCGCGGUUAAAGUUGGCCAUGGAUGACUUGGCUGGUGCUGAGGAGCAGCUGCGUGAGCGGGAAGAGGCACUUCAGGCUGUAAAAGACCAAUAUGACAAAGCCGUAGGCGAGAAACAAAGGCUCACCGACGCUGCCAAUGUGUGUUUACGAAAAAUGACUGCAGCCACGGCAUUAAUUAAUGGGCUCUCAGAUGAGAAGCAUCGCUGGACCAAUCAGAGCAAAGAGUUCAAGAUACAACUGGGCAAGUUGGUUGGUGAUGUAUUGCUGGCGACAGGAUUUCUCUCGUAUUGCGGUCCAUAUAAUCAGGAGUUUCGUGCUAAUUUAAUCAGAACAUGGAUGGGUAUCCUCAAACACAAGAAUAUACCCUUUACGACAGGCUUAAAUAUCAUUAAUAUGCUCGUUGAUUCAUCGACGGUCUCGGAGUGGACUUUGCAAGGGCUGCCAAAUGAUGAGUUGUCGGUACAAAAUGCCUUGAUUGCGACCAAAUCUAGCAGCUAUCCACUGCUGGUCGAUCCUCAGACGCAAGGGAAACUUUGGAUAAAAUCGAAAGAGGGCGAUAAUGAAUUACAAAUCACGUCCUUAAAUCACAAAUAUUUUCGUACACAUUUAGAAGACUCACUGUCGCUGGGACGACCGCUACUCAUUGAGGACGUCGGCACCGAGCUGGAUCCAGUGCUCGACAAUGUGUUGGAGAAGAACUUCAUCAAGUCGGGUAGCAUAGAGAAGGUCUUGGUGGGCGACAAGGAGUGUGAUGUAAUGCCAGGGUUUAUGCUCUACAUAACUACGAAGCUGCCAAAUCCGGCAUUCAGUCCCGAGAUAAGUGCUAAAACUUCCAUAAUAGAUUUCACCGUCACAAUGCGCGGUCUUGAAGAUCAACUUUUAGGACGAGUGAUUCUGAUGGAAAAAUCUGAUCUCGAAGCAGAACGCGUGGCACUCUUCGAAACAGUCAUGACGAAUCAACGUAAAAUGAAGGAAUUGGAAGCAAAUUUGUUGUACCGCUUGAGUUCAUCACAAGGAUCGUUGGUGGAUGACGAAGCUUUGAUUGAGGUAUUACGUGUUACAAAAACCACAUCGGAAGAGGUUAAUCAAAAAUUGAAAAUUUCCGAAGUCACCGAACGAAAAAUAAUGAAGGCUCGCGAAGAAUUCCGUGCCGUGGCAGCACGCGGCUCAGUUUUAUAUUUUCUCAUUGUUGAGAUGAGCAAUGUCAAUGUCAUGUAUCAGAACUCUCUGAAACAGUUUUUAGUUAUAUUCAAUAAUUCGAUUACAAAAUCGGUUAAGUCGAAUGUGACCGAAGAGAGAAUACAGAUUAUCCUACGGUAUCUCACAUAUGAGGUCUACAAGUUUACCAAUCGCAGUUUAUAUGAGCGACACAAGCAGUUGUUCACCUUGAUGUUGGCUAUUAAAAUCGACUACCAUAACGGUAAUGUGACUCAUGAGGAAUUUAUGUCAUUUGUCAAAGGCGGCGCUUCGUUGGAUCUAAAUGGGGUCACGCCAAAACCGUUCCGUUGGAUCUUGGACAUAACUUGGUUGAAUUUGGUGGAGAUAAAUAAAUUGGAAACGUUUUCAAAUGUUUUGACUCUGAUUGAAUUAAAUGAAAAGGAAUGGCGUGCUUGGUACGAAGCCGAAAAGCCAGAGAACGAGGAAAUCCCUUGUGGCUACCAAGAAUCGUUGGAUGGCUUCAGAAAGUUGUUGCUGGUGCGUUCAUGGUGUCCGGAUCGUACGAUUUCACAAGCAAAAAAAUACAUAGAAGAGUCUUUGGGUCCUGAGUACAGUGAGAUGCAGAUAUUAGAUCUUGAAGUAACAUGGGCUGAGUCCGAACCACGCACACCAUUCGUUUGCUUGCUGUCUAUUGGUUCCGAUCCUACCACACAAAUUGCGGCUUUAGCCAAGCAAAAGGGAAUACCUUUGAAAUCGGUUUCCAUGGGCCAGGGUCAAGAAUUCCACGCACGCAAAAUGAUAAUGGACUCAAUGUCCGGCGGUGGUUGGGUGUUACUGCAGAAUGUUCAUCUCUCAUUGCCGUUCUGCUCGGAGGUCAUUGAUAUGCUAGUGGAGACAGAACACAUCGACGACACAUUCCGUAUGUGGGUGACCACAGAACCACAUGCAGAUUUCCCAAUCGGCUUACUUCAAAUGGCUAUAAAAUUCACCAAUGAGCCACCUCAAGGCAUACGAGCCAGUCUCAAACGCAGCUACCAGGCUUUCACUCAGGACUUUCUGGACUAUACCGCGGCGUCACAAUGGCCACCACUACUUUAUACUGUAGCAUUUUUGCACACAAUCGUUCAGGAGCGUAGGAAAUUCGGUCCACUUGGCUGGAAUAUACCGUAUGAGUUUAAUCAGGCAGACUUUGCGGCGAGCGUGCAAUUCAUACAGAAUCACUUGGAUGAAAUGGAUCCGAAGAAGGGUGUCUCUUGGCAAACACUUGUCUAUAUGAUUGGAGAGGUGCAGUAUGGUGGUCGCGUGACUGACGAUUUCGAUAAGAGGCUGCUGACCACAUUCACCGCGGUGUGGUUUUGCGAGGGACUUUUGAGCAACUCAUUCGAAUUCUACAAAGGAUACAAAGUGCCGAAUACGAAAAAUUUGCAGGGAUUCGUUGACUAUAUAAACAGUUUGCCAGCUUAUGACACACCAGAAGUGUUUGGUUUGCAUUCUAAUGCUGACAUCACGUACCAGAUUAAUUCGGCAAAAGGCAUUUUGGAUACGAUAUUAAGCGUACAACCGAAGGAGGGCGGUGGUGGUGGUGGCGAGACACGCGAGAGUAUUGUCUAUCAGCUUGCCGACGACAUGCUGCGCAAGCUACCCGCACAGUAUAACGCUUACGAAGUGCGUGAGAACUUACUCCGUAUGGGAAUUUUGCUGCCGAUGAAUAUCUUUCUCAGGCAAGAAAUUGAUCGCAUGCAGAAAGUGAUUAAGAAGGUGUACACUUGCUUGUGUGACCUGAAGUUGGCAAUUGAUGGCACAAUUGUGAUGAGUCCUGCAUUGAAGGAGUCCUUGGAUGCUAUGUAUGAUGCACGCAUACCCGAGUCCUGGAUGAAGAUAUCCUGGGAAUCGACAACUUUGGGCUUUUGGUACACUGAGCUACUGGAACGUAAUGGACAAUUUCGCACUUGGAUAUCGACAGAUCGACCAAAGGUAUUUUGGAUGACGGGAUUCUUUAAUCCUCAAGGAUUUUUAACAGCUAUGCGUCAAGAAGUGACACGCGCACACAAAGGCUGGGCACUGGACUCGGUGGUGUUGCAAAAUCAAAUAACACGCUAUAAUAAGGAAGACAUCUCCGAAUACCCAACCGAAGGUGUCUACGUGCAUGGCCUUUUUUUGGAAGGUGCUUCGCUGGAUCGACGCAGUGGCAAAUUGGUGGAGUCCAAGAUGAAAGUGCUCUACGAACAAAUGCCCGUUAUUUACAUUUACGCCAUAAACACUACCGCCGGUAAGGACCCAAAGCUCUAUGAGUGCCCAAUCUAUCGCAAACCGCAGCGCACUGAUGCCAAAUAUGUUGGAUCCAUUGACUUUGAGACGGAUUUCAAUCCGAAACAUUGGACGUUGCGAGGCGUGGCUCUGCUUUGUGACAUUAAAUAAACGAAACGCCAUGCAGUGCUGAUGUUGACGAGGGUGAGGAGAGGUUGUGCACUGAGAAGAGCAGUAAUGGAAUUGAGGGGCAGUUAUGUUGGCAGUCACGUGUUUCCUGCUUUCAAUUUAAUGUUUACGUGUGUGGUGCAUAUGAAAAAAAUGUAUGUAUGUUUGUACUUUGCAUGUUUGCGUGUAUUCGUAAGUGCCAGUUAUGUGUGAUGUUCAUGGCUUUGUUCUUAAUGUUAGUUUGUAUACAACGUAAUGGAUUUCGUUUACAAUCCAAUAAUAUCCAUCAAAAUGUAAAUGUAUAUACACACACACACACACUUAUAUACUUGUAUCUCGAAAUGAAACCGCGCUGAGAAUUUGUAAAAAAAUAAAAAUAAAAAAUGG